CUCCUUUUCAUCUCUGUCGCUCACGAGCAUGGCUCACACAAUCAGUCUCCAAGCAAGAAGGCAAAAGUGAAAUAUUCAGUUCACGCCGACCGCCAUCGUGUUCCAUUUCAUCUACUCCCUUUACUUCAACGUCUACGCCACCGCCAGCGCAAUAGGCUCUCUGCGACUCUCACUCUCAAAAUCUCUGUCGACUACCUGGUCACCAUCAGCAGACGAAGACAUCUAUAAAUUUCAGUCCCUGUGACCUAAAUUCCUGGAUCCGCCUGGAUGAUGGCAACAACUCAAUCAUUCAACGGCAAUCUGAAGAAAGCAGUUGCUGGACUGAGACGAAUUAAUUUGGAAGGCUUGAAAUGGAGAGUGUUUGAUGCAAAAGGACAGGUCCUCGGGAGGCUAGCAUCACAACUAUCAACUGUGGUUCAGGGCAAGGAUAAGCCUACAUAUACACCCAAUCACGAUGAAGGGGAUAUGUGUAUUGUAAUCAAUGCAAAAGAUGUAUGUGUCACUGGGAGGAAACUAACCGAUAAGUUCUACCAUUGGCAUACUGGGUAUAUUGGCCACCUUAAAGAGAGGAGUUUGAAAGACCAGAUGGCCAAGGAUCCUACUGAAGUAAUUCGCAAAGCUGUGCUACGCAUGCUUCCCAGAAACAAAUUGCGUGAUGAUAGUGAUAGAAAAUUGAGGAUAUUUGCUGGCAAUGAGCACCCUUUUGGUGACAGGCCUCUCGAACCAUAUGAGAUGCCUCCUCGACAAGUGCGUGAAAUCCGGCCCCGUGCAAAACGAGCUAUGAUUCGAGCUCAGAAGAAAGCCGAACAACAAGAACAAGGUGUUAGCACAUACAUGAGGAAGGGCAAAAAGAAGGUAGAGGAAGAUGCAGAAGUUGGUGAAUGAAUGAAUGAGCUUUUUCAAGUGAUUUUUGAUUAAAAUUUUGACCUUUAAUAAUUUUGCCAUGGAAUUCUUGUUGGCUAGUGUACGGAACUGUUAUUUUCUUUUGCAUGUAUUGUUUUUAAAUAUUGUAAUGUGGUAGUAGAUUGAAAAUGGUGUGAAGCGAAUAAUUUCCAUCCC